AUGUCCGGUGAAGGUGAACACAAAGAGAAGUUCUCAAUCUUCACUGGUGUUCAAUAUGGCACUACAGCGAUGGCGGUUUUGCUGUUAAUGAGGACUUCAAAUAAAUUUCUUACGCAUGCCCAAAGGGGAAAGACAAUUGUAGGUGCUAUAGGAUGUAUUUAUUUAUCGGUUGCAAAUGAAUUUGGUAUAUUUCCGUUCAACUUCUUUGUCAAGGAAAGGAUUUCUUUGCGGAAAACGUGA